AUGAUUAUGUCACGAGUAGCCGGCCUGCUGGGUCUGCUCUCAGGAGCUUUCGCAUACAAGGCACUCUCGGACGACGGCCUCCGCAACAUCGCCGACCCGGGCGACGACUUUGACAUCAAGUCGGGUGCAUUACUGGCUCCCAUUCUGCAGCCGCGCGUGCCCGGCACUCCUGGUUCCACUGCUGUGCUGAACCACUUCGUCGACUUCUUCCAGAAAGAGCUUCCCGACUGGGAGCUGACUUUCCAGAACUCUUCGUCAAGAACACCCAUCUCCGGUAAUGACGAAACUCCCUUUGUCAACCUCAUUGCGACCAGGGACCCUCCGUGGGCAGGCCAGGGCCACGUCGGCAGACUGGCUUUGGUCGCGCAUUAUGACAGCAAAAUCGACCCACCGGGUUUCAUUGGCGCCAUCGACAGCGCCGCCCCAUGCGCUAUGCUGAUGUACGCUGCCAGGAGUCUCGACGCCGCCUUGACCAGAAAGUGGUCUGCUAUGGAAGCCGAGGGAGUUAGCGAACUGGAAGAAGCCAGCGGUAUACAAAUCAUCCUGCUGGAUGGAGAGGAGGCCUUCAAGGUCUGGACCCACGACGACUCGAUCUAUGGCGCAAGAUCUCUGGCAGAAGAAUGGGAUCAGACGAUGCAUCCUGCCGCCUCGACUUACCGCACUCCCCUAGACGCCAUUGACCUCUUCGUCCUCCUUGAUCUAUUGGGUUCUGCAAACCCUACCGUUCCCUCCUUCUUCCGAACCACACAUUGGGCCUACCUGAACAUGGCAAACACCGAAGCAAGACUGCGCUCGCUAAAACAGCUACACACAUCACCCGCCCAUCCCUUCCUACGAGAAACAAAUAAGAAAGAGUCCGACAGGUGGCUUGGCGGUGCUAUUGAAGAUGAUCAUCUACCCUUCCAAGCCAGAGGCGUUGAUAUCCUGCAUAUGAUUCCUGCGCCCUUCCCCACAGUCUGGCACACCAUGGCUGACGAUGGAGAACAUCUCGACAUACCCACCGUUAAAGACUGGGCCAAAAUCGUUACAGCCUUCUCUGCCGAGUGGAUGGAAUUGGAUGAAUACCUGCUUCCUCCCAAAAAGAGAAGCCUCCUUCCGGAACCGGACAGGACUGAGUUGUGA